AUGGCCAACCGAGUGGACAAAGCUUGUCUCCCUUGCCGGCAGUGCAAAAGACGCUGCGAUGGCGCCGUUCCUCGUUGUGCACUUUGUAUCAAGAAGGCCAUCGACUGCACCUAUCCUUCAACACGGCCUAGAUCAUCGGGCCCGCACCGCCCCGGCCGCAGGAUCAAGCGUGCGGAAGCGCUGCCGGCCGCUGGAUCAGAACGUGGCAUGCCUCAGAGCUCCCAGCAUAUCGACACGGACAGUCGCAGUAGAUAUCUAAGCACCGCAUUCGAGGCCGCAGCAAUCUACUACAUCGCUCCGGAUGUGUUCAACGAGGCCCACCUCGACCUUCCGCGGCUUGAGAUCCCCGUCCCGCCGGAUAUUGCCAAGCAUAUCAGCCAUGCGACGAUUCUUCGGAGCGUCACGACGGAAUUCUUUCGCUCCAUACACACCUGGUUUCCCAUCGUGUACAAGAAGGCGUUCUUGACACAAGUAUUCAAUCCUCUCGCGAAACGCCGGGCAGAGCUGAGCCUCCUUGCAUUAUGCAUGAAACUGGUCUGUGAGCCUUCUUUGGGGGUCACUGCUGCUUUGUAUCAUGCAGGAAGACAGUUCCUCCUCGAGGUCAUGUCCUCUGGAAUGUUGUCGACCCACGUGCUACAGGCCGGAAUCUUAAUAGUCAUAUACGAGAUGGGGCAAGCUAUUUAUCCCUCUGCAUAUUUUACCCUUGGUCAGUGUGUGCAAUACAGCCACAUCCUUGGCAUCGACAAAUUUGACUUGGGCUUGACUGGCGAGGACGCCCAACACGGAUCUUGGGAAGAGAUUGAAGAACGAAGGCGAGCAUGGUGGGCAGUUGUAAUCCUAGAUCGGUAA